AUGGAAGGUGACCUGAGCCUCUCCCAGUCGCUGGGCGGAUUGAGGAUCGCAAACCCAGACGACUCCCUCCCUCAUGAAGAACCACGGCUCCCGGCUCAGCAACAAUCCAGUCUGCCCGAACCCCAACAACAGCCAACUUACUCGCUUCCGCCUCUGCCCGCGCUCGACGCUCUGGAACCGGACUCUACCACCGACACGCUGGGCGACCUGGCCAGCUCGUACAAAUCCCAGGCCUCGGCCAUCGAUCUGGCUCCGUCGGCUCGCCGCCCAAACAAUCGCUCGUCCGUAGCGUAUUUGCCAGACCACCCGCCCUCUUCGAGCCAGCAUCAUCAAACCAUCCCGCGAUCCGCCUCAACCCACGUACAGGGCAGUCAUUAUGCCAAUGGCUCGUCCGCCGCUAGGGAGCUGAAUAAUUACCGAAUUCGGACUGAUUCUAGUGCAUCUGGUGGGCCAGAGCUGAUGUAUCGCUCCGACUCGCGAGGCGGUUCCGCCGCUCUUCAGGCCGGUGUGCCCUCGAGAGACAACAGCCACAGUGACCGCUCGUACAAAAAGAGCCAAUUCAUGCCCGGGAACGGCCAGCUGCCCCUGCGGCAGGGCUCGCGCCUCGGACACAACGUCACCUCCUCUCCCAGCUCGCCGUAUUCCCUGGAAAACGGGCCUCCGACCAGCAGCGAAGAAUGGCAAGAUCGCGGUGCCGCCGUCGGCAUCAGACAAGAAGUAGAUGCCAACGGCCGGACCGUCUCUCGCUACAUCAAAAAGGGCGUCCGGGAUUUUUCUUUCGGGCAGACGUUGGGCGAGGGCUCUUAUAGUACUGUAUGUCUGGCCACUGACCGCCAGACUCUCAAUGAAUACGCCAUCAAGAUCUUGGACAAACGGCAUAUCAUCAAGGAGAAAAAGGUCAAAUACGUCAACAUUGAGAAAGAUACGCUAAAUCGGCUCACCGAUCACCCGGGUAUAGUCCGACUAUACUAUACCUUUCAGGAUGAGCGUUCACUAUAUUUUGUUCUUGAUCUGUGCAAGAACGGAGAAUUGCUUGGCGUUUUGAAACGCAUGGUCACGUUUGAUGAAGAAUGUGCCCAGUUUUAUUGUGCCCAGAUUCUUGAUACUAUCGACUACAUGCACAAACGAGGAGUAAUUCACCGUGACUUGAAACCAGAGAAUAUCCUGCUAGACAGCCAAAUGUACACCAAGAUCACCGAUUUUGGCACGGCCAAGAUCCUCAACACUCCCAAGAAGGACGACAACAGCUUUAGUGAUCCGUCUCCGUUGGACUCGGCAGACCUUCAGGAAGAAGAGCGUGCGAGCUCUUUUGUAGGGACUGCAGAAUACGUGAGCCCCGAAUUGCUCACCGAUAAAAACGCAUGCAAAGCCAGCGAUCUCUGGGCCUUUGGGUGCAUCGUCUUUCAGCUUCUGGCCGGUCGUCCGCCAUUCAAAGCUGCCAACGAAUAUCUGACCUUUCAGAAAAUCGUUGCUCUCGAAUAUGAAUUCCCCAGCGGCUUUCCUCCUGUCGCGCGCGACCUUGUUGAACGACUUCUCGUUCUCGACCCUGCCCGUCGUUUGCCAAUUGAGCAUAUCAAGAACCACGAGUUUUUCGACGGGGUGGCCUGGGGACGAGCUCUUUGGAAACAAAAGGCCCCUCGAUUAAAACCGUACAGCCCCCCAGCGCGAGAACCGAUCAAGCUGAAUGGCGGCGCCGGUGCCGACGCCGAUAGUGUCCCACCAAACAUUUCCGCUACACCUUCUUCUGCCAACGUGGCGACGAGCUCCAAGAGCUACCCACGUGUUAUCACUGAACUACCUCCUCCCAGCCAACUAGACAUUGAAUGGUCUCCGGUUCUCUCGAGAAACAACGAGCGCAUUCUAAAACUAGGGAACUUGUCCGUUUCGGUCUCCCAUGCCGCGCACAGCCCUGCCGGCCGCAAUGGGCUUGCAGAGGCGGAACCACCAAAGAAGUUCUCUCGUUUCUUCGGUAGUAGUACGCCCAAAAAGAAGCAGCGGUUAGUCAUGAUCACGUCUUCGGCUCGCAUUAUACUCGCUGCUGCAGGGGGUGACGACAAGAGAGUCAAGAUUGAGAUUUCCCUCUUGGCUCCUGAGACUAGCUAUAGAAGCACCGUAGAUUCAAAGGGUGCUUCUUCAUGGAUUGUCGACACGCGAGAUAAACACUACGUCUUUGAAGAGGUCAAGACAGCCUCCAGCUCGCAGCCGAAUGCAACUUCGACGCAAGAAUGGAUCGACACUCUUGACCGGGCCAAAGAAUUUGCCAUGUCACAGCAAAGCAAUUCGUACUCGGCGGAUGACUACCGAGACUUGUCAUCUGCCUUUUCCAGCCAGACAAACACCAUCGACCAUUCUUCCGAGUUCCAAGGUGAACUUGCAUCGGCCGGGAGAACGACUCUUCAUAAAAACCAGGCCAAUGACUCGGAUUCCAUAAAAGGAAAGAAAAACCGGUUCAGCAAGCGACAUUCAAAGAACGGGCUGGCUGCGGUUUUUUAG